AUGGGCUUCGAUCUGAACCGUCACUGGCAGGACCCUUCCCCUUGGGCCCAUCCCACUUUACAUGCCGUCAAACAACUCAUUGUCCAAAUGAACCAGGACCCAAAAGUGAGUUUGGAGUUCUACAUCGACGUGCACGCCCACUCCACCAUGAUGAAUGGCUUCAUGUAUGGUAACGUCUUUGAGGAAGAGGAGAGAGGGCAGAGACAGGCCGUUUUUCCUCAACUCCUAUGCCAAAACGCACCUGACUUCUCUCUUUCCAGUACAUCGUUUAACCGUGAUAUGGUCAAGGCUGGUACUGGCCGACGGUUCCUGGGUGGUCUGUUGGACGACACGUCAUACUGCUACACGCUGGAGGUCUCCUUCUACAGCUACAUGACAGCAGGAAGCACCUCACCUGUGCCGUAUACUGAGGAUGGCUACAUGAAGCUUGGUAGAAACGUGGCCCGAACUUUCCUGGAUUACUACAAACUGAACAACCUGAUAGAUGAAAGCAAGCUCACGGGACACAUUAACAGCCCUUUCGAUGGAACAUCCACCAGUCAUCAAGGAAACAAUGCUGGAAAUGGGAAGGUUAAAGGUGACAGAAAACCCCAUGGAGUCAGGGAUUACUGAACACACAGAGAACAGGGAAUACUGUACGGUUCCUCAGUGAGCAUCACAACCUCGACUAGGACGUUGUGAACCACAGUCCACUUGCAAAUUGCAUUUUCAUAUCAGCCCACAGCAAUCCACCAGAUAUUUGUUGUCUAAGUUUUUAUGUGAUGAUAGGACUCAACAACUGUGAAUAAGUCUUCGGUAUUAAUUCUCACUUGUGAGAUAUUGCACGGAGAAAACAUCAACUGUAAAUUAUCCCACCGGCUACAUUUAUUGUUUUUACAGUGCUUUGUUGAAUACCAACUACUUUCUUUGCCUUGCAUUUGGAGUUGCCUAUUAUCAGUUCAGAAAUUGUAUUUCA